AUGGCGGGGAAAAGGGGAGCGGCGCCGUGGCCCCGUGCGUUGCUCGUGGUGACCCUAUUCGCCAUCUACCUGUGUAGUUCCGUGCUAUCCCUAAGGAUAAACAAAGAGGACGGCUUUAUAAGUAACCUUGGAAAUGAAAAUGAAGUGAAGGCAUCCACAAUUGUGUUUAAUAUUAGAGACGAAAAAAUGUAUGUCAGUGAAGAACAUUUUGAUAACCUGAAGGCGUUGCAAAAUAUGCUAUUGCAAUGUUUUAAGUCGGUCGAAAAGAAGGUAAUCCUGAAGGACAUAGGAAUAGAUAAUGUGAAGUAUCUUUUUUAUGAAAAUUUUAAAAAUGAGGUGUAUGACUAUUUCAAGCUAUUUUUUAAAUUCAUAAAGGAUAAUUUUGCCUACUUCACUCAAAGGUUACAAGAAGAAAAAAAAAAAAACAAUCUAAGUGAGGAACAGUAUCUGUCCGAUCAAAAGUUACAGGAACUACUGGAAGACGUAAUCAGUUACGACAUAGAAAAGAAUGCAUCCUAUUUUGAAAAGCUAGUUCAAUUUAUUACGUUGCGAAAAUGCUUUACCAUAAAUUUAUCUGCCAACCUGGAGAGCACGACAAAGCUCAUGCUCCUUGUGAUGGAAACUGACUCGAAAAACAACCAAGUCCACUUCAAGCUAAAAAGCAACCUAUCCACAGCGGACCUGCAACCACAGCAACAGCAACAACGACCACCACAGCGACCACCACAACAACCAUCACAACAACAGCAACCUGCACCAUUGUCUGCAGAAGCGGGAUCAGAAGCAUUACCCACCGCACAAAAUACAAUAAACCCACCAAGGACAAACAACCUCGCCAUGAAAAUGGGCCAAAGGACGAACUUGCAAAUGAGCUACUUCCGAAAUUUAUGCACUAAAAAUAACUUCCAAGUGGCAUCAAGAAAUUGGGUCGAAUUCUUCUCCAAGCAUAAUGAGACCUUAUGUCACGUGGAAACGUGCGGAUCUGGGGAUUGCCUUUUCUUAUCGUUGCAAUAUUUGUUGGACAAAAAUGGCGUGCGAACUAAUAACGUGACCCCCAAUCCAGCCGUCCCGGAGAGCUCCUUCCUUCCUUGGUAUGUGCGAAAUGUAAAACAAACAAAUGACCCAAAGUUUAAUGUUAACGAUUUGAGGUAUUUAAGCACCUUUUAUUUUAUCAAAUAUUUUCCUGGGUACACGGAAGACUACGAAAUAGACGAACAGUUCAUAGAGGAAAAAUUUAACCUCCUCAUAAACCUUGAGUUUACUAACUACUAUUUGAAGAAGGAUUAUUUAUAUAAAGUUAUAAAAGGGAAUAAAGAGGACGAGAAGAACAAAUCCGUUUUGGUUCUCAUUUCCAACUACAUGAAUAAGUACCUCUUCUCUGGUGGACGACCUCCCAUUGCGAAUACUGAAGAAGGCGCUGCCCGUUGUAUGUCCAACACUUGCCAGAAGGGAAACACACAGGGUCCGGGGUCCAGCGGUACUCACCCUAGUGGCACUCACCCUAGUGGAAGUGGAAAAGGCUCUGCUAAUGAAAAACGGGGAGGGGGACCUAUCCUAGGUAGAGAACAAAACGAUAACGACGACGUGAAUAGCAACCAAAACAGUAACAGAAGCGGAAGUGAUCUCAGCGGGGGAAGAGAAAGGGGCCACACACCACCCAUGAGACGCAGCAACAUAAGUAGGAACAGAAGUGGUAACGAUUUUCAAGGCGUCAUGCAGGAAAGUGGACCUUCUCCAAAUCCCAAUCGGGGGGAGCGCCCCUUAAAUUCAAACGCCCAGCGGGGGAUGGAAUACACGACUGGUAGUCAGGACAACCUUAGCAUAAGCGGGUCCCAAUCGGCCAACGUGGCCCUCGCAGAGGAGGAUAAAAUGGUGCAGUUUCAGAAGGUGGAAGAAGUAGGAGAGGGAAGCAAAUCCACAAAGGACACGUAUUUCCGGGUCACCUACGGGCCCAGCCAAUCUGCAGAUAACACGACAACGGGGAAGCACGAUCCCGUCACACUCUCGCUCAAGAGGGACAGCACGAACGGUAGCAAUGGAAGCAUCCAAAGUAGUGACAAUGCUCAGAGCGAACGUGGAAGAAGCCCCACCGUCGGUAGGAACCAGUCCCUUCGCAUUUCAUCCAAGGAUACUGAAAUCCCCACCUCGAAGGUCGUAGAAUCCACACCAUCUGUAAAGGAUGAUUACGAACAUGUAGUCGUGCCACAUUCGUCGAACACUACAAACAGUAAAACCGUCGAUAUGGUGAGACCCAAAAGGCUAUUAACCAAACAAGGGCUUCUAUGCACCACGUCGAGGAGUACCCCUAAAUGCUCUAACAUGCGGUUGGCGCAAAUUGAAUACGAUAAAAAAAGUCGCCUGUAUAAUAGGGCUAUAACACAGUUGGGGGAGUCCACAGAUGCUACGGAAGGCAGCGAAAUGGACAACCAAAGUGACCACCAAAAUGACAACCAAAGUGACAACCAAAGUGACAACCAAAGUGACAACGAUGAGGAGUAUGAUCCGAACAAGGUAGACGACAUGGACCCCAACAGUGAUAUGACAGAAUAUGAUGAAAUCCUAGACGAAGUGCAUGAGGGGGGGUUCAGAAUUUACGAGCUCAUCUUCUUCAAACUAGUAUCCCUUUCAGCCAACAAAAUGACCUAUGAUGAAUUGAAAAAUGUUAAAAGGAAGAACAUGCAUACGCUAGUCGGUACAAAUCUCAAAUCUAAAGUAAUCGGUUCUCAUGUUUUUGUGAAAAAAAUAACAUCAGGUACCAUUCUCCCAUUUUUUAACUUUGUUAACUUGAAGAACAAAUUGAACAACGUAAACAGUAAGGCAAAUUAUGCCAACCAGGAUCUCUAUGUUAUUAUUAUGAAGACCACAUUUAAUAAAAAAAUUACAAGACCAAAGGAUGGACUAGUCACCAAAAGUCUACUCUUCAAACAUAAUGGGGACUGCAUAUCUUACUGGUCCAUUAAAAAUAAUCACUACCAUUUCACUUGUGAUAAUAAAGUUAUUGAGACGAAAACAAUUGAAGAAAAAGCAUCUGCCUUCUUCUACGAAAGGACAAGGACAGGACACAUCCACUGGGGGGAUGAGACAGAUUAUGAUGGCUUCCAAAAAAUGUUCAACAUUGGUUUAAUCACCUUUAUUAAUAAUAAUACUAAGUUUUUUUUUCCUAGGAAUACCUACCAAGAUUAUCCUAUCUACUUUUUGAUUUACUUCUACUCUGGAAUUCACUUCGAGCCAAGCAUUCACAUUUCGGUACAGGAUGAUCAGGAGGUCUGCCGCUCCUCCUACGAGAGGAAUAGCAUUCCCCCCUCCUUCUUGCAGGUCCCCAAGGAGUAG